AUGUAUUCAACUAUAAGGAGCAAGAAAAAGUGUUCAAUAUAUGUGGGUGACAAUAAUGAUGAUCAUGAUGAAGGGCUGAGAUUAAUCCUCAAAAAGCUUGCAAAUUUAAAUUCAAAUAACAUUGUUGUCAAGCCCAUUUCGAAACCAUUAACAACACUUUGCUGCUGCUAUCUCAAAUCGUGCCAUCUUUGCAGCAAGCCCUUGAGUCUUGAUAAAGAGAUUUAUAUGUACAGGGGUGAUUUGGGAUUUUGCAGUGUGGAGUGCAGAGACAGGCAGAUUUAUCUGGACGAGACGAAGGAACUAGAAAUCGCGACCCGAAAGACAUUGUCAACUUUCCGGCAGAGCAGCCGUCGCGAAGGCGGCGGCCGCUGUGAGACCCGCCGGCUCUUGGGAGAUAUUCGGACGCGCCGCCGCCCUUUUCCGGCUCAGAAGAGUCCAAUUAUUUUCUUGUAG